ACCUUGGAGACGGUUGCCUGGUAACGGGACGCUGGCGGCCGGGCCUGCCUGUUUCGCGCUUUCGGCCUGGCGACCAUGGAUGCCGAGACGCUGCCUUAUGCUUUGGACCUGGUCACCAGCAGCGGCGUGUGCCUGAGCCCGGAGAAGCGAGCGGCCUUGCGGACCUCGCUCCUGCUGGUGCGACGGGACUACCGCUUCGAGCAGGUCCGCCUGUGGGGCCGCAUCCAAGGCAUCCGGGGAGCCUACUAUAUCGCCGAAGGCCUGGGGCCAGACCGGGCGGGGGCCAGAAGUCGCCUCUACAGCUUGAAUGGUGUGGACUGGAGCCUUCUUCCCCCUCCUACUGAGGAAAUGGUUGCAAUUACUGCAGGACUAAAGGGGCGUUUCCAAGGGGACCCCUCCUAUGAAUAUGAAAAUGUGGAGAAAAAAGAGGAAGGUGAAAGGCCAUAUGAAGAGGAAGCUGCUCCCUUGAUCAAAGAGGAGAUCCGUCUUGUAGCUGCCAUACAUCAGAUAGAUAAGGCAGUGGGUAUUGUUCCACGGGGUGCAUAUGUCAAGUCACCACUUGGACCUGUACAUGAAAAUAGGAACUUUGAAGGUUUGUCUCUGACAGAAGCUAAAAAGUUAAGCUCCUAUUUUCAUUUCACUGAGCCUGAAAAUCUGAAAAACAAAACUCUUCUGGAAAAAGCUGACUUGGACCCAGCCAUUGACUUCCUGGAUUCUCUUGAACAUGAUAUUCCAAAAGGAUCCUGGAGCAUCCAAGUGGAGAGGGGAGGCAGAGUGAUAAUACUGCGAAGUCUGCUCUGGCUUGGACUUACAUUCUACCACAUUCCUAACACUAAGCAACAUGGUUAUAUCUACUUUGGCAAUGGAGAGAAGAACAUAGACUUGCCCUUCAUGUUAUAAGGAUCACACAGAAGCUGGAAGUUAAGGACAGUUAUAUACUAAUUUUAUACUUGAAACUGAGUAUAUAUUUUUUGUUUUAAUAAAUGCACAUGAAACCAGUUUCUCUCCCCAGGUGCAAAUGUUAAAAUCUGUUUAAACCAGGUAACACCUCUGUAAAGUAACAAGAGGUCGCUCAUUCUUUAAAUAAAAUCAGGUUCCUUCCUUA